AUGAAGCCCCGGGACGACGACAUCAUCCUCGCCACACAGCCCAAAAGCGGCACCACCUGGCUCAAGGCCCUCGCCUUCGCCAUCACCAACCGAGGCCGCUACGGCUUCGGCGACCACCCCCUCCUCACCCACCACCCUCACCAGCUCGUGCUGAGCAUCGAGUUCCACGGCCCGGGCGGGGACCAUACCGACCUCAAUGCACUUGCCUCUCCUCGCCUUCUCUCCACGCACAUUCCCAUGUCGCUGCUCCCGCCGGAGAUGAGCCCAUCCAGCAGCCGUCGCGUCGUGUACCUCUGCCGAGACCCCAAGGACACGUUCGUGUCUCGGUGGCACUUCGACAACAAGAUCUUCCACGGUUCCACCAUGGAGCUGGACAAAGCCUACGACUUGUUCUGCCGGGGGCUCUCGCCUUACGGGCCUUUCUGGGAGCACUACCUGGAGUACUGGAAGGCAAGCUUGGCUACGCCGGACAAGGUUCUUUUCUUGAAGUACGAAGAGAUCAAGGAAGACUCUGUGAGAGUCGUGCAAAAGCUUGCAGCGUUCCUCCGUGUCCCUUUCAGCCAGGAGGAGGAAAGCUCUGGUGUCCCGGAAGAGGUGGCGAGGCUCUGCAGCUUUGAGACACUGACGAGCCUACAGGUUAACCAGGUAAGUGUUGUCAAUGAUCACGGAGAUCACAGGUUUCCUGCUAAUUCAGCCUUCUUUAGAAAAGGACAAGUUGGGGACUGGGCGAACCACAUGAGCCGAGAGAUGGGGGAAAACAUGGAUCAGAUCACCAAAGACAGGCUCAAGGGAUCUGGACUCGCCUUCUGA